AUCAGACGGUGGCGCACUGGUGCAGACUGGAGUGAAUCUGUUCUUUCUCGAUGAUACAGCACUACUUCCGCUUCCGGGACAAAGUUCUCUGGAAGAAGGACCGCCGACAUCAACACUAACGUUAUCCGAAUUAAAACCCCCACUGUCGCUGCCUAAGGUGUCAGCAGCAAGAAGAUGUCUGGUCAGAAGAGACCAUGCGACCCCAGUGGGUCCGUCUCCUCUGGCGCUCCUCCAGAGAAGAGGCGAGAGCGGGAGGUCGGAGAGGAGACUGCCGGGGUCAGCACGACAGCGGGAGGAAGCACCGCCGUGGAGACGGUGAUCAAACUUGGAGGCGUGUCCAACCCGGAGGAACAGGAUAUCAAAGCCCUGCAGGUGAAAAAUAGAAAACUGGGGGAGGCUCUUGACCAGAGACAGGUGAUUGAGGAUGAGCUGAGGGACAGAGUGGAGAGACUCGAGACUCGGCAGGCCACUGAUGAUGCCAGCCUGCUGAUCCUCAACAGAUACUGGAACCAGUUUGAUGAGAAUGUGCGUCAUAUCGGUCGACGCUACGACCAAUCUGGUGGUGAGCCAGUGGAUGGCCACAUCAGUGAAGGGCGGAGCCUGAAACCUGACACUCCGGAACCUGACGGAGACUCCAAUCCGGAGCGGGCAAAGGACCGAGGCCAGCAGGGGGAGACUUCCAACUCUUUCUUGGCCACUCUGGCCAGUAGUAGCAGUGAGGAGAUGGAGGCGGAACUCCAGGAGAGGGUGGAGUCCAGCUGUAAACAGGCCAAUCGCGUGGCCGAUAUUUACACCAGUCUGAAGGACACCGUGGAUCAGCUGAAGAAGACUGUGGACAGUGGAAUCGACAGUAGCCUGUGGGAUGUCGCCACCCAGCUCAACUCCCUGUUGACCAGUGAGAAUGAACGCUUGCGUCAGCUGACCGACAGCCUCAAACAGAAACACAGCCAGAUGACCAGUGAGUCGCGUGUGCUGGGUCGUGCUGCGACACGGGCUGAUAAUCGCAUCAGCGAGCUGCAGGUUCUGGUCGAGGAGCUACAGUGGGACAUGGAGAAGAUCCGUCGCCGAGAGAACCGACUCAACACACACCUCGGAGAGGUGCUGGAACGGGUGAACAGCAAAGGUUACAAAGUGUGUGGAGAAGCCAGCAGUGUGUGUGGAACCAUCACCAUCAACAAGAGAAAGUUUGAGGAGAUGAAUAGUGAGCUGGAGGAGAACAAGGAGUUAGCGGAGAACCGCCUCAUAGAACUGCAGAAACUACAACAGGAUUUGCAGAACGUCCAUCAAGACAACCAGAGCAUGAGAAUGGAGUUGGUGUGCCGGGCCGAGGGGGUGGUAAGAGAUAGCGCUGAGUACCGCUGCCUGCAGUCCCAGUUCUCGGUUCUGUAUAACGAGUCCCUGAUUCUGAAAACCCAGCUGGACGAGAACAGGGCACGGCUCAACACCACUAGAACCGCCCGACUACGCCAGCUCGACCAUAUGGAGAAUGAUGAGGUAUCACUGCAGCGUAAGGUGCGUACUGAAGUCAUUCAGCUGGAAGACACCCUGGCUCAGGUGCGUAAGGAGUACGAGAUGCUGCGCAUCGAGUUUGAGCAAACACUCGCCGCCAAUGAGCAAGCAGGUCCCAUCAACAGAGAAAUGCGUCACCUGAUCAGCACGCUGCAGAACCACAACCAGCAGAUGAAGGCAGAGGUGCUCAAGUACAAACUCCGCCUGAGGGAGUCGCAGCAGGAGCUCAACGUGGUCCGUGCAGCGAAGGGCAACGCAAUCCUCCAAUCCCAGUCCAGCACUGAGCUUGACGUAAAAGAAGAGACCGCCUCUCCUCUGACACCAGCCACAGGUGAUGUCACAGUGAAGGUGGAGUCUGAUAAUGACUCGGCCACGCCCACCAGCACAGGUGCCUCAGUGAAGACGGAGCCUGGCACGGAGGCAGAACUAGUCGUUAAGGAGGAGGACAAGGAUAAGGACAGAGACAAAGAAAGAGAGAAGGAGAAAGAGAAGGAACGAGAGAGAGAGAAAGACAGAGCGACCCGUGGUAGUGCGACUGUUAAAGAGGAGAGGGACAGGGCUGGAACCAGCAGCAGCCAUUUAGAAGAGAAUGUGGCGGAACGCUGCGCCGUGGUUGGAGGACCUAAGAGGAAGGAGGUGGAGCAACUGAAAAUACUUCGUGCUGAGCUCAAGAAAGCGCAGGAGUCACAGAGGGAGAUGAAGCUCUUGUUGGACAUGUAUCGCUCCGCCCCCAAAGAACAGAGGGAUAAAGUCCAACUCAUGGCUGCUGAGAAGAAAGCCAAGUCAGAGGGGGAGGAGCUGCGCCAACGCCUGCGAGAGCUGGAGGAGAGGGAAAGGAGGGAGGGGAAGAAGAUGGCCGACGAAGAGGCUCUCAGAAAGAUCCGCUCCGUGGAGGAACAGAUCGACAUCCUCAACAAGAAGCUGUCCCUGGCCAAACAGGAGGAAGACGCUCUGCUCAGCGAGAUGGAUGUGACGGGGCAGGCCUUCGAGGACAUGCAGGAGCAGAACAUCCGGUUGAUGCAGCAGCUGCGGGAGAAGGACGACGCCAACUUCAAGCUCAUGAGCGAGAGGAUCAAGUCCAACCAGAUCCACAAGCUGCUGAAGGAGGAGAAGGAGGAGCUCGCCGACCAGCUGCUCACACUCAAGACACAGGUGGUUGAUGCACAGCUUCAAGUAGUGAGGAAGCUGGAAGAGAAAGAGCGGCUCCUACAGGGGACCAUCGGUACUGCAGAGAGGGAGCUGUCCCUCCGAACACAGGCUUUGGACAUGAAUAAACGCAAGGCCCAGGAGUCUGCGUUGCUCUCUGAGGAGAUGAAGGGCCAGCUGGAGUCGGUGCAGCAGAGGCUGAGUGGGGUGAGGGAGGAGGUGAUUGAGAACAGCACCACCCGCGAGAAAGAGUCCUUCAACGCACGGCGCGCACAGGAGGACAUCUGCAAGCUGAGGAGAAAACUGGAGAAAGCCAAGAAACCAGCGGACAUCCCCAGUGGUGAUGAGAUAAUGAACGAGGAGAUCAACGAUUACAAGGCGCGUCUGACCUGCCCGUGCUGUAACUCGCGAAUGAAGGACGCCGUGCUGACCAAGUGCUUCCACGUCUUCUGCUUCGAGUGCGUGAAGACGCGCUACGACACGCGCCAGAGGAAGUGCCCCAAGUGCAACGCCGCCUUCGGGGCCAAUGACUUCCACCGCAUAUACAUCAGCUAGGAGACGAAUGGCCCCGUGUGAUUGGCUGGCUGCUAGCCACACCCACACCUGACCCUCACCGCCCUUGGAUCCUCCAUCGUGAUUGGUUAGGGUCGGUGCUGCUCUCUUGUUGUGUAACUCUUAAGUGUUCUGGAGUUCUGAGAUGAAGAGAAGUGGUUCGUGUGUGAGACUUGUGGCAUCCUAGGGUUUGGCUAGAUUUUUCCCCCUUACUUUAGGACACAGAAAAAAAAAGAAAAAAAAACAUCAACACCAAAUGUGUCACUCAGCUACAUGGUAAACAACUAGUGCCCUCCACACCUGCUUCCAUACAUUCCAUCUGGGGGUUGCAUUUGAUGAUGAAAACAUGGACUGUAGAGAUGCAUUGUGCUUGUGUGGUCCCUGACCGCUGGUUCUGUAGAGAGACGGAGGAUAUACAGUCGUCUGUUCAGUUCACAGUUGGGAAAAACCUUUCCAGUUUACACGAAAUGUCAAUACAAACAAACGAACAAAAAGAAAGGACAUUUUAGACUGGCCUGAGUGGGCUACGGGACCUGUUGAGAGUGGUAUUUAGACUUUAAAAAAAUUAGUGAUAGAAGAUGAGAGCACCAGAAUCGUAUUUCUAGGCCUUUCAUCCUCCUGCGCUCUUUAUUGAAAAUUGAUGGUGGUCUGUUGUAAUUUUAUUGUACAUUUAUCUGUAUCGCUUAUUGGUCUUUUCUUUUUAAUGCCUCGCCCUUACAGCGGAGGCAACACCUUAUGCCGUUAACAGGUUAUGACUUUUGUAUUUGCUUCUGGGCAGUCAAUAAAUCUCGACAGAAA